CAAGAAAUCGGUCGCAUAAUAAUUGACAAGAUACCAAUCCUAAUGUGAAACCUAAUUUCACGUGUUCUUGAAUAAUUUCCUCAAUCUGACCGACUUUGAAUUAAUAAACAAAAGAUAGCGACGGACGAAUAUACUCCAACAAGUCCAUGGGCCUAAACUAUAGCCCAUUUUUCUCUUAUUUGGGCUUUAUAAUUCUGCAAUCCCUCGACCUAAACUCAUGUACAUUUGGGCUUACACAAAUGACUCACGCUUUGGUGGAUAAAAUGAUUAACCGCGCUUGUUAACUUAAAUCACACUUCAGAAGCGCAUUUUAGCACAGAUCCCAACCUUCGGGAAGAUCAGAACUCAGCAGUCCGCCAUUACCCCAAUUCGGAGCUCUGAAGUCUCUUGGCGCUCGCUUCAGACGAACGGCCAUAGUAUCAUUUUCCUCAGGAAGGAGAAAUUCUGAGGUUUCCUGUCCGCCGGUAAAGCCUCAGUUAUGGCGAGUUCGCUGCGGCUGUAUUUGACGUGCAUAAGGAACACCCUAGAGGCGGCCAUGUGCCUGCAGAAUUUCCCCUGUCAAGAAGUUGAGAGGCAUAACAAGCCAGAGGUUGAACUAAAGACAAGCUCUGAACUUCUGCUGAAUCCGGUUUUGAUAUGUCGAAAUGAGGCUGAACGAUGCUUAAUAGAAACAUCGAUCAAUUCAUUACGACUAAGCCUUAAGGUGAAGCAGGCAGAUGAACUUGAGAACAUACUGACGAAAAAGUUCCUUCGAUUUUUGUCAAUAAGGGCAGAAGCAUUUCAAGUGCUAAGACGAAAGCCGAUACAGGGUUAUGAUAUUAGCUUUCUUGUCACAAACUACAACUGCGAGGAAAUGCAGAAGCAAAAGCUCAUAGAUUUCAUCGUGCAAUUCAUGGAGGAUAUCGACAAGGAGAUCAGCGACCUGAAAAUGUCGGUGAACACCAGAGGGAGGCUGGUGGCUACAGAGUUCCUGAAGCAGUUCCUUUGAUCAUUACCGAAUUUCUGUUCUGGAUUCCACCGACGCCACUCAACUUGAUCCUCACAAGCAUGCAGCCUUGUUCAAGCUCAGAAUAAUUGAGGUAAAAUUGGUAAAUCCGAAACCGAGAUAUAAAUCUUCCCAUGCUCUUUAUAUAAGGAAUUAUGUACCUUAGGAUCAGAAGCAUGUAAAAAUUGAACGAUACACAUUGAAACUAUAUGGCGAACACGGUUCUUGCGUUUAUGAACAGGAGAGGAAAGGGAAAAGAGAUAAGCCUCUUAACAAAAAGGUGUAGUGAAUCAAAUUUCUGAGUUUAGGUAGCUUUAUUCCUGUGUUUGGAUCUCUCAUCAAUCAAAUCUAAUCAUGUUCGUUUGAGAAGUGCUGGAACAUCGAAUCUGAUCUCUUUCUUCAACCUUCCUUCUGUUGGCUGUCCUAAUUUUAUAACCUAUUCAUUGAUUCAACAUUAGUUGGGAAUGGAAUCACGAGCCCAUGUCCCCCCAUAUUCACAUGUCCAUUGCAUCAGCCACUUCUUUCCUGCUCUGCACUGUGGAACAGGAGAUACGUGGAUUGUUGGUCACAAAUUGAAUGUAUAUUAUUGCUGUGACUUAAAUAGAAUGAUAACUGAUUGAGAUUUCAGUAUAGAGUUUAGGUGGUUUGUUAUCUGAAAAUGAAUAACAAUGCGCCUCGUAAGGAUUCAGGACUUUCUUUUUGUUUGCAAGGUCUUGGGGAAGGUUCAUUAGUAGUCGUUAGGAGGUCACUAUACCAGAGGUGUUCUUUAGUCAAUUUCAAGCGAAAGGUUUUGACAGGUCAUACGCUUGAAUAGGGCUGGGAAACUAGCUUCGAUUUUUUCGGUUUAAACCGAAAAUUGUGCGGAUAAGAAUCUUUUCAGUUUCGGAUUUUUGGUUCCUAAUCGGUUUGUAUUUUAAUGGUUUCGGAACCGCAAAUUGAUGAGGAACCGAAAUCGAACUCAAACCUUGCUCUAACUGAAACUAUUACAAAGGGUGCAUUGGUUUCGGUUUGGUCUAACUGAAACUGAAAUUGUAGGGGCUUAUCGAUUUCGGUUAACCAAAAACCGACAAGCCCCUUAUUGGGUUCGGUUUUUGGGAAACAUUUGAUUUUUCGGGUUUUAAUGAUUUUGGCUCGAUUAACCGAACCAAACUGACACCCCUGCGUUGGAACAACGAAUUUGGCUAUUUUGUUGAAUAAAGUUCUUUCGAUUUGUGAUCGGAGUUCCUGUGUCUUGCAAAUGGGAUGCAAGACAACAGGAUAAACAAAUCGAAUACCGCUACUCAGUAUGUGCAAUUGAGGUGUAUUUACAUUCAUUAUCAACAUAAGCACGCCUACUCUAUUCAACAGGCAAAUUGAAUCAUCUUGAUUGGAACUAGCUUUGAUGGUUCGUUUUCUGGGUGAAAUCUAUUCUGACAACCAUGAACAAUCAUAGUAUUGUCAACAACCAGCAGUACUUUACUUUUCUAUAUUGUCUUACUUUCUUCCUGUGGUUCUAUGAUUCUAGGAGAAUGAUGAUAAUCAAAUCAUUCUGUUCUGUUUUGGUUGGUGAUUGAUUGGUCCAGAUGUAUGAUCAGGUGAGCAACUUGGACCUACAGAGGCCGUUUAUUUUUUUUAUUUUUUUCUCUUGGUACAAUAAUAAUAGUGAAAGGUUUGGUUCGUGUCGACUGACCAGACAAAUUGUGUUGUGUUGUCACAUAUACAAUUGUCUGCUGUAACGUACCAGAUUAUGUGUUUACUAUUUAAUUAACCCGCUGGAAAAUGCCACGUGUACUGCUGAUUGCAUGUUGAUUAGUUGUUUAACUGUUAAUUAUUCCUUCUUUUGUCUUCUUCCCCUUUUAAUAAAAGAGAAAAUAGAAGUUGCUCUGAGAAGUCUGAGAUGUGAUCUCUCUGGAAAAAUCCUCCUGACCACAUCUUCGGCAUUUCUGAUUCGUAAUUUUGUUAUGUUAGUUACGAUGAUUUCUUUGUAAUUAAAUAUGAGUUAAGCA